GCCGUGUUUGGUUUUCAGGGCGGGGGCUGCUGGGCUGUGGGAGCGGCGUUGAUAGGACAAGAUUUAGUGAACAACACGUCUCACCCUACAGUCGACACACGCACUGAAACCCAAAGAUCUUUGCUGAAACCUGCCCCACAUACACCUGUUACACGAACAAGCAAUACCCUGCAGUCCCGCAAUCCACACUACAGCCCGCAAUCACCACACUGCAAUCACCACACUACAGCCCGCAAUCACCACUACAAUCACCACACUACAAUCCCACGGUCGCGGGUGUGUAUUUCGUGGUGAGGGCGGGUCCAGGCCACGGACAGGAAGCGCAGCGGCGGCUACACGGAGACGUUACCGGGAGCGGCAGAAUCGUAGACCGGGAAGGGAAGGGGAGCUGAGCUGAGCUGAGGAAUCGCGGCCAGACCUGGAUUCGGAAAAGCGGGAGCAGGAGAUUGUGGAGCCGAGCUGGCCGCCCGAUCAGGGAGGGGAGCGGAGCGGCACCGGUAACCGUCGCCCCGUCCCCGUCCCCGCCAUGACCGACUCGGUUCGGCCCGGUGCCCAGCGGGAGAACAGCUACUUCCACAAGGGCUGCAACCCGUACGCACAGACUGGCCGCAGCAAGCUACAGACUCAUCGCGUCUCGCUCAAUCAGCAAAUCAUCAAAGCCAUGCGGCUCCGGGCCGGGGCCGAGAACCUGCUGCGGGUCACGGACAACACGCGGGUGCGGGAGGUAGUGCUGCUGGAGCUCAGCUUCGUCAACUCCAACCUGCAGCUGCUGCGUGAGGAGCUGGAGACGGUCAACGGGUCGGUGCAGGUGUACCAGGGGGAGCAGGAUAGUCUGUGCUUCCCCCUCAUCCCACUGGGGCUGAAGGAGACCAAGGAGGUGGACUUCCUGCUGCCAUUCAAGGACUUUAUCCAGGAGCACUACAGCGAGAGUCCUGCCCUGUAUGAGGAGCAGAUCCUGGACCUGAUGGACCUGCGGCAGGCGACGCGGACACCGAGGCGCAGUGUGGCGGGUGUGGAGCUGCUCACCUCGUACUACAGGCAGCUCACCCCCCUGGAGAGCCGCUUCUUCCCCGGGGGCCGACAUCCCCACCUCUUCUUCACCUGGUACGACUCUCUGACGGGGCUGCCGGUGUGCCAGCCGCACCUGUCGCUGGAGAAGGCCAGUGUGCUCUUCAACAUGGCCGCCCUCUACACCCAAAACGGGCCCCGCACUGACCGCCGCAGCCCCGCUGGCCUCCGUGCCGCCGCCAUCGCCUUCCGCAGCGCCGCAGGGCUGCUGUCGGAGCUGCGUGAGACCUACACACAUGUGCCGAGCUUUGACCUGAGCCCCGCAGUACAGGGCGUGCUGCUGCACCUGCUGCUGGCACAGGCCCGAGAAUGCAGCUUUGAGGAGAUGGUGCUGGCAGGAACCGCCAACAGGGUCAGCAGCCUCCUGCGGCUGGCCCAGGAGGCUGCACAGCUGUCUGACACCUACACGGGGGUGGAGCUGAGCUCGGGCCAGGCUGCGGUGCAGAGCCACGUCCCCCCGGCCUGGAGACACACGGUGCAGGUGAAGCUGCAGCACUACCGCGGCCUGGCGCAUUACCUCGUGUCCAUCGCCCUGAUCGACCAUCGGCUGGGCCCGUUGGAUGAUGUGGAUCAGCAGGAGCAGGCGUUGACGGGUUUGUACGACCAGAUGCCCAACCAGCUGCACCCCCUCACCCUCCUGCGGUCCGGGGAGCACCGGCUGCGGCUCGGUAAAGCCCACCUGAGGUCGGCCAUCAUGGCCCAUGAGGAGGCGCUGAGGGUUCAGGGUCUCUGCCCAUCUCUGAAGAAGAUGCAGAUCUUCCAGAAUAUUCUGCGCGGGUCCCACAGACGCUCGCUCGCCAAGUUCACCGAGCUGGAGCUGGAGGACGACUUCGACAUUAUGGAGGCUCCACAUAUCAUAGGUACCUCGCGGAUGGAGUUAAAUCCUGUGAAGCCAGACCUGUCCAGUGACAAAGUGGUGGACCUGUUUCAGAAGCUGGGUCCGCUCGCUGUGUUCUGUGCCCGCCAGAGGUGGACGGCUCCCAGGAAGAUCCAGCUGCAGCCGGCACAUGUGGGGGGACGGGGGUUCGGCCUGAGGGACGAGGCGGUGGUGAGAGUCACGGCCGUGGAGCCCGGCUGCUCUGCUGCAGCUGCAGGACUGAAGGAUGGAGACGUGGUGGUGUCGGUGGGAGGGACGGACUGUAAAUGGGCCUCGGCCAGUGAGGUGGAGGCGAUGCUGCAGGACAUGCCGGCCGACGGGCUGGACAUUCAGCCCAAGAGUGCGACGUUCUGCGUCGGCUUGUCCAAGGCCUACUCACAGUCCUGCUGGGUGCUGGACGAGGGCAAGGGCAGGAAGGGCAAGAAGGUCAGCAAGAAACUGUCCUUCCUGAACUGGGCCAGCAAGAACAGCAAGAAGACAGCGAGCACAACGAGCCUUCCGUCGGCUGUAGACAACAGCAUCCAGCCUGGCCCCAGCAUACAGCCAGCUGACGGGAGCUCACUCUACUAACAGGCCAGCGCCUCCGGACACACUCUGUCUGCCCGCCCAGGUGGUCAGUGCCUGGCCCGAGCUCCCACUGCACCGGGCUUGGGGCUGCCUGGACCGUCGCACCAUGUCUGUGUCCAGCCCUCAGGCCCAAUGCUGCCAUCAUCUCGCCAGGCAGCGCAAAAUCCAAACUUCUGCCUGAUGGUGACCGGCAGAUUCUGCCCCCCC